AUGAAAAGGCGCAAUUAUAUGAAAGUCACUCAUUCACACAUCACACCUUGGUACUUACUUCCGCUCAUUUUUAAUUUUUCUUAUUUUAAAUACCAUAUCCCCCUUCCAACAUACGUAAAAGACGCCGCAACCAUGCCGAAGCCGCAGGUGGACUACUCGCUUUACCUAGUCACCGACUCCACCCCCGCCAUCCUCGGUGACCGCGACCUCGCUUCCGUCGUCGGGGCCGCCGUCAAGGGCGGCGUCACCUGUGUGCAGUACCGUAACAAGACCAGCGACACGGGCGCUCUCGUGGCAGAAGCAAAGAAGCUGCACGAGAUCACCCGUGCCCACGGCGUGCCACUGCUCAUCAACGACCGCGUCGACGUCGCGUUGGCCGUCGGCUGUGAGGGUGUGCACAUUGGCCAGGAUGAUAUGAACCUGUCCGCGGCGAGGAAAAUCCUCGGACCAGAUGCCAUCAUCGGUGUCACGGCGAGCACCAUCGAUGAGGCUCUGAAAGCAUGCGAAGGCGGCGCGGAUUACCUGGGCAUCGGCACAGUCUUUGCGACCUCAACUAAAGAAAACACAAAGCACAUAAUCGGCACCUCUGGCCUACGCGAGAUACUCGCCGCCAUCGCCUCUGCAGGCCAUUUCCCCGCCGUGAAGACGGUCUGCAUCGGCGGCAUCAAGUCCGCCAAUAUUCAGCGCGUGCUCUACCAAUCCGCCACCCCCUCCGGCCCCGCUCUCGACGGCGUUGCCGUCGUCAGCGCCAUCAUCGCCGCUCCAGACGCAGAGGCCGAAUCGCGUCGCCUGUUGGAGCUCGUCAAGUCCAGCCCUUCUUACCAGCAGACGGUGAAGGCGGGUGCCGGCGUAAGCGAUGUCGAGCAGCUCAUUGAUACAGUCCCAAAGGUCAUCAAGGCCGUGGCAGAGGUGUCGCCGUUGUCGCAUAACAUGACGAACCUCGUCGUUCAGAACUUCGCCGCAAACGUAGCCCUGGCUGUCGGCGCCUCGCCUAUCAUGGCGAAUUACGGCGAAGAGGCCCCUGACCUCGCGCGCUUGGGCGGGGCGCUCGUCAUCAACAUGGGCACCGUCACGCCCGACGGGCUGGCCAACUACCUCAAGGCCUUGGCCGCCUACAACGGGGCCAAACGGCCCGUCGUUCUCGAUCCCGUCGGGGCGGGCGCCACAUCCAUACGGAAGUCCGCUGUCAAGACCAUCCUGGCCGGGGGGUACCUCGACCUCAUCAAGGGCAACGAAGGCGAGAUCGCGACGGUUUACGGCCAGGCGCUGCUGGAGCAGCAGAAGGGCGUUGAUUCGUCUUCGACGUUGACGCAUGAUCAGAAGGCGAAGCUCGUCAGGGACCUGGCGGCGAGGGAGAGGAACGUGGUGCUCAUGACGGGCAAGACCGACUACGUCUCGGACGGCGUCCGGACGUUUGCGGUGGAGAACGGGCAUGAGCUCCUGGGCCAGGUCACUGGUACCGGCUGCGUGCUGGGGACGACUGUUUCGGCGAUGCUGGCAGCGUGGUCCGAUGACAAGUUGCUCGCUGUCGUCGCUGGCCUGUUGCACUUUGAGAUUGCGGCCGAGUGGGCUGCGGUCAGGCAGGAUGUUCAGGGCCCCGGCACGUUUGUUCCCGCCUUCAUUGACGAGCUUGCAAGGAUACGGAGGUUGACAGUCCAAGGGGAUUUGAAGUGGCUGUCGGCGGCCAAGGUGAAGGCCAUCGAGGUGUAG